AUGGAAGAGUUGUCACUUCAACAUUAUGAACCAGAGCAAGAUUAUGAGGAAAAGCUUGGGAAGCUCAAGAUCAAAGUUGGAGGAGAAGCUGAACCUGCGAAGUCUGUGCAGAGCUCGCAAGAUUGGAGUGUCGCAUACUCUCUCUUCGCCCGUGCAAUGCAUUUUGCCUUCCCACAUCGAAUUGAUGAGAUCGACAACUAUGGAAACUUCAUCCACCAAAAGUUUGCCCAAAACAUCAGCAAAUAUCACUCCCAUGUCAUCGCUUUCAACAAAGCAGUUAGAAAGCGAGUCAGUCGGAGGAGAGACUUGCAACUCUCCGAUUUCGACCAGUUUUCAGACUUGUACGAAGGCCAUUUUUUGCUCUCUGGACGAUGUGUCAAUGAGGAAGCGAUGAAGAGGAGUGGAGUGUUGCAAGAGAUGGAACUUCAAAUCUUGCAAUCGGUCAGAUUCAUCCUGCAACUACCAACAUGUCUGUUCGAAGUGCGGAAGUUCAGAGCACCCCAAGAAGAGCUGCCCCUCUUGAACCUCCUCAAACUAAUGCCAUUUCAAGAUACUUGA